GAAUUUCUUUGCUUCACCAUCCACCACGGCCAUCACCAAAGCUUCUCGACCAUGGGUGAAUCAGUUGCUGCGAAAUCUUCCUCUUUCGGUUCCGUCAUCGCGAAAUACCGUCCUGACCUCGCCCCGUAUGAAGACAUCUACAAGCACUGCCAUGCCAACGGAGAACUCUCUACGCAAGAGAAAGAAACAGCCUCAUUGAUCACGGAGCACCUGAAGAAGCUCUCAAACGACCUUGACAUACGCACCGGGAUUGGAGGACAUGGCCAGAUCGCCAUCUUGAAGAAUGGACCUGGGAAGACGAUACUUCUACGGGCCGACAUCGACGCCCUUCCGGUCCAGGAGAAGACGGGUCUGCCCUAUGCUAGCACAAAAACCAUGCGCGAUACAGACGGCCUCGUAAAGCCUGUAAUGCACGCCUGCGGACACGAUUUCCACAUCACCUCGCUGCUCGCAGCUGCAGAAACACUCAUCGCCGCCCGCUCGACCUGGUCGGGCACCAUCGUCUUCCUCUUCCAACCUGCCGAAGAGAGGGGGAGUGGCGCUCGUGCCAUGGUGGAUGACGGACUCUACUCUGCCGACAAACACGCCUGUCCCAUUCCUGAUGUUGUGCUGGGCCAACACGUGUUUCCUCUCCAGGCGGGAAAGACAGCCACACGAGCGGGACCGGUCAUGUCUGCGGCGGACAGCUUCAAGGUGACAAUCUACGGCAGCGGCGGGCACGGCAGUAUGCCCCAUCGCACGAUUGAUCCUGUGGUCAUUGCUUCGCACAUUGUCGUGCGCUUGCAGACGAUACGAUCUCGGGAAGUCCCGCCCGACGAGACGGCCGUGGUCACGGUGGGCGCAUUGCAGGCCGGCAGCACGGAGAACGUCAUCUCAGAUGAAGCCGUGCUGAAGAUCAACAUCCGCAGCGUGAGCGUGGAGUGGCGCGAGAAGAUCCUCGCCUCCGUCAAGAGAAUCAUCAAGGCAGAGUGUUUGGCAGGGGACUGCCCCAAGGAGCCCCUGAUCGAGCCCACCUCUUCGUUCCCGCUCACCAUCAACGACGCCGAAGUUGCGGGCGAAAUCAACAAGUCUUUCACCGCAUACUUUGGCGAGAAGAACCACGACCCGAGCCUCAAGAACGUGCUGGGGAGCGAAGAUUUCGGUAUCCUGGGAUCCAGCAUCGGGAAGCCGUACUGCUUCUGGUUCUUUGGCGGCCACGACGCGGGCAUGUAUGAGGAGAUGGUCAAGAAGGGGGAGGAGCAGAAGAUCCCGGUCAAUCACAGUCCCUUCUUCGCGCCGGUUUUGCAGCCGACCUUGACCAUCGGGGUUGAUGCCUUGGUUGUGGCAGCGCUGACCUACGUGGGCAAGGGUAGCGAUGGAUAAUUUUGAUGGCUUGAAAAUAGCUGAGUAUGCAUAUGGGAGGAUGAUAUCGAGUCUCACCCUGCACAAAGAAAAGCUCAUGUUCCAGGCGAGAGCACUUGAGGGAUGGGACUUCAAAAUGUACAGCGAGGCUUCCUCUGCUAGUCAUCGAUCGUAUGCUUCUAGGAUCUCUAC